AUGCCAUCUGUGAAAAUCAUCAAUGGAAAGGGACUACUCGGCUCUCUACAUGGCAGACACAAGAACCGCAUUUCAUGUGAGGCGAUGGUUCCAAAGGAUGGAGUUGUUACCCAUCCCGAGAUUGAAAAGAACAGCUCCUUCUCCCACACUUCCUCGAGCGACAGUACUGCUUCCAUCGACAUGACGAACAGCGAGCGCAGUACGAUGAGCGAGGUUAAGAGGAGCCAGAUCCUUGAAGGCAUGCCUCGUUUCUUCUAUGAAGUGGAAGCCCAUCACGACCCUCCAUACGUGUCCUGUAAGACUUUGAUUCAAAAGGAUGGGGUUGUUACGCAUCCCGAGAUUGACAAUAACUCCACCAACACUUCCUCGAGCGACGGUACUGCUUCCAUCGACAUGACGAACAGCGAGCGCAGUACAAUGAGCGAGGUUAAGAGGAGCCAAAUCCUUGAAGGCAUGCCUCGUUUCUUCUAUGAAGCCGAAGCACACGACGACUCUCCAUACGUUUCCAUUUUUACCGAUCACUAA